GUAAUUAAUUUGAAGCUGAUUUGGUAUUUGUCACAGUAUGUAUGAGCAACUGAAAUGCGUCGAAGACUUUGCAAAAUUAGCUUCCCAAAAAAUUCCUCCGGAGAAUUUGGCAUUUUAUAAUGGAGGUGCAGUAGGACAUGAAACAGUCAUGGAAAAUUGUGAAGCAUAUAAAAAGUGGAAAUUCCGACCUCGUCUUUUACGAGACGUUUCAGAGGUUGAUACUUCAACAACGGUAUUAGGAUCAGAGAUUUCUUUCCCUAUUUGUAUUGCACCAACAGCUCUCCAUUGUUUAGCAACAGUCGACGCAGAAAUUUCUACAGCACAAGCUGCCGAAGCUGUUCGCACUGGAUAUGUACAGAGUGCAGCGAGCACCAAAACUUACGAAGAGAUUUCUAGGAAAAUUCCAGGAUGCUUGCGAUGGUGCCACCUUCAAUUUUUCAAACACCGUGAAAUGGUUGAAAAUUUGGUCAAUCGAGCUGAGAAAUGUGGAUUCACAGGAUUCGUAGUGACAAUUGAUCAAUCAGUACUUGGAAAAAGGAUAUACAGAACACCGGACGGAAAACAUGCUGACACGACACAUCGAAAACCUAUCAACAUGGCUAAAUCAUGGAAGGCAAUCGGGAAGCAGAAUUCUCUGACAAUGGAUGACUGUUUCGAUGGUCGUGCACAAUGGGACUCCUUGGACUGGCUGAGCAGCAUUACAAAGUUACCGGUGGUCGUCAAGGGAAUACUAACAGAAGAAAUGGCCCUUGAAGCAAUCAAACACAACGUCUACGGGAUAAUUGUUUCAAAUCACGGGGGAAGACAGAUUGACGGUACUUUUUCUACAAUUGAUUCGCUACCAGAAGUAGUGAAAGCAGUGAAUGGUAGAUGUGAUGUUUACUUGGAUGGUGGGAUUCGUAAAGGAACAGACGUCGCAAAAGCAAUUGCUCUGGGUGCUAAAGCUGUUUUUGUAGGAAGGCCAAUACUUUGGGGACUAGCGUGUGAUGGAAAGACAGGAGCUCAACGAGUGUUAGAAAUUUUAAGAGAUGAAUUUACUUUAACUAUGCAACAACUAGGUGUAACGUCAAUCAAAGAACUACAAUCAGCUCCAAAUUUAGUCGUUCAUGAAUCUUUUGUGCUUCGGAAGAGGUAGAAUGAAGAGUUUAAUAUGAAGCAACAUAACUUCUGGCAUUGAAUAAUUCCACCGAAUUUUAUUUCUACCGGAUAGGGCUGUUAAAAUCCUCUGGUCGUUUGAAUCUUAACAUAGUAUAUAACAAAACCGCCUUUCUGAAGAUUGCAGUUAUUUAUAAAUUAUCGGCCUGCAAGCUGAUUGACAAACAUCACAAUAAUUUCCUACAUAACGCAUUUGAUGGUUAUUUUAUCAAACAAAGUAAUAUAUAUACACUCAUACAACACAAGAUCAGCCUACCCGCACAUUAUUAACUUUUGUGUUAGUAUACUAGUUAUUAAUUUCUAAUACCACCAAUGGAGAGUACCGGCACUGGUAUUGAUUCAAAGAUGUUGUAUUUUGUGCUGUUCAUCUCUAAUUAUAACUAAUUCAUGAUAUUCCGUUACUAAUAUUUUCAAACUCGCACUAAUUCAUCACAUUUAUUUUCUGCUCUAUUUGUACUUGACACACUUGACAAGUCAGAUAUUUCCUUGAAUGUACAAGCUUAUCUUUUUGAUAAAGGGGAAGACUACCGUUGUCAAGUACCACUAGCGAUAAAAUGUCUUUAUUACUUCAUUAUAUAUAUAUAUAUGUGUGUA